AUGUGGCAGCCGACACUACCCCGGUCCAGCACGCCUUGGCGCUGGGCGCUGGCCCUGCUGGCCCUGGGCGGCGCGGGGUUGUGCCUUGCCAGUCCGCAGACAAGGCAGCCCGCGCGGCCGGGCGCCAGGAACAAGAACUGGUGCGCAUACAUCGUGAACAAGAAUGUGAGCUGCUCUGUGCUGGAGGGGAGCGAGAGUUUCAUCCAGGCUCAGUACAAUUGUCCCUGGAACCAGAUGCCCUGUCCGGCGGCGCUGGUGUAUAGAGUGAACUUCAGACCCAGGUAUGUCACUAAGUACAAGACAGUGACACAGCUGGAAUGGAGAUGCUGCCCUGGGUUUAGAGGAGGAGACUGCCAAGAAGGUCCCAGGGAUCCUGGGAAGACCCCCCACCCUACACCUGCUCAGCCUCGAAACAGCAUGAAGAAAGCCACAGAUAAUGAACCAAAUCAAAUCCCGGGGCCUAAGAGGACUUUGGCACCAACUCAUGCAACAGAACCAAGUCAGGCAACAGAUCCAAAACAGAAACCUCAAGAACUUCAGGAAAAGAAAAUCCAGGUGCUUGAAGAGAAGGUUCUCCGACUCACGAGGACGGUUCUUGACCUCCAGUCUUCUCUUGCUGGAGUGAAUGAAAACCUCAAACAUGCCCUCCAGGACGAUGCCAGUAAAAUACUGGUAUCAUGGCCCAGCAACCUGGACCCCCAGUCAGCACCAGACAGUGCUGUUGGUGGAGACAGAGAAUUGGUCCAGCUUCCUGGCAUCAACAACAAGGAAUCUGGCAUGAAGGACAUCAAGUCUGAAUUGGCCGAAGUCAAGGAUGCUCUGAAGACCAAAAGUGACAAGCUGGAAGAGCUGGAUGGGAAAGUGAAAGGUUAUGAAGGGCAGCUAAAACAGCUCCAGGAGGCUGCCCAGGGCCCUACAGUAACCAUGACAACCAAUGAACUUUACCAAGCCUAUGUGGAUAGUAAGAUUGAUGCCCUGAGAGAGGAACUCAUAGAAGGAAUGGACAGAAAGCUGGCUGAUUUGAAGAACUCAUGUGAGUACAAGCUAGUUGGUCUCCAGCAGCAGUGUGACGACUAUGGGAGCAGCUACCUGGGUGUGGUGGAGCUCAUAGGGGAGAAGGAAAUGAACCUGAGAAAAGAAAUAAAUGACCUUCGAGCUCAGCUACAGAAUCCUUCACUCCGGACAAACUGCUGUGACCAAGAAAAGAAUGGUGACUUUGGUCAACAGAUCAAAAUGUUAGAUCAGAAAAUUGAAAGAGUUGCUGAAGCCACAAGAAUGCUGAAUGGGCGACUGGACAAUGAAUUUGACCGCCUUAUAGUUCCAGAACCAGAGGUGGACUUUGAUGCAAGAUGGAAUGAGUUAGAUGCAAGGAUCAAUGUGACAGAGAAGAAUGCGGAAGAACAUUGCUUUUACAUUGAGGAAAUGCUUCGGGGGACCAUUAGUGGAGCUAUAAAUGAGUUGAAGCAACUUCUUGAUCAGAAAAUACAGUCUCUGGAAGACCGUCUGGAAGGCGUUCUCCUGGAGAUUGCCAAUAGCACUGAUGCAGAAUUCCCUCCCUCGGGCUCAGCCCUACCAGGUGUGUCAGGGGCAGGGAAUGAACAGGUCAUGACUGAAUUGAACCACCUGAAGGAUAAAGUUCAAGUUGUUGAGGAUAUUUGCCAUCAGAACUUCCAAAGAGAACUUCAUGGGAUAGAAGGUACUUUGCCAAAUGGGGAAGACCACACAAUGAGUGACAGUUCAAGGCUUUUGAAAUCUCUAAAUGACACAAUGCACAGGAAGUUUCAGGAAACUGAACGCAGUAUCCAAAAACUUCAACAGGAUCUUAAUUUUCUUUAUUCUCGACUAAAUCACACAGAAAAUGAUGUGACUCUUCUUCAGAAUGAGAUGCGCAAUUGUAGAGAAGAUAAAGACACUGAAGAAGAUGGAUUUACUAAGGGGGAUGAGCAGGAAAGGCUGGCAGGUGAGACUCUUCCAUCUCCACAGGCUCCCAUGGCACGUUGCUGCAGCAAACUGGAGGAGAAGUUGCAAAGCCUGCAGAGCCAAGUCCUUACUGGCCUGAACACUUGUAAAGAAAACACACAAGGUGUCCAGACGGAGAUCUCCAUGGUUGAGGGCAGGGUGUCACAGAUGGAGAAAACUUGCAGCAAACUGGACUCCAUCUCAGGAAGUCUUCACAGGAUCAAGGAAGGGCUCAACAAGCAUGUGAAUAGCCUGUGGAGCUGUGUCAGGCAGAUGAAUGGGACCCUCCGGUCACAUUCCAGAGACAUUUCUGGCCUGAAGAAUUCCGUCCAGCAGUUCUACAGCCAUGUAUUCCAGAUCUCUACUGACCUGCAAGAUCUGGUCAAAUUUCAACCAUCAGCAAGUAAGCCAUCUCAACCAGAGCUGCCUGAAGCCCCCACUGAGCCCACACGCCCGAAGCUGACCCCUGCUCCGUUGCCGAGGCCCAGCGGCCCUCUUCCUUCGGAGGACCCCGGACAGCACCUUGUGAUGCCGAAGAGGCCCCUGUCACCACGCCCCCCUGAAGAGAAGCUUCCCCCUCGAGUGUGGCCUGGACGGACAGGCCUGCCUUUGUUGCCUGGGUCCACCGGGGUAAUUAUGGAGACAGGAGAGGCUGGGCCUCCGGGAAGAAUGGGCGUGUCUGGCAGGGGCCUGCCCCAGGGGGUGGAUGGCCAAACGGGUCAGUCACCGGUGCCCAGCUCUGAAGGCUACGCAGGUGCACCAGGAUACCCCAAGUCACCUGCUGUAGCCUCCUCAGGGGUUCCAGUGCCUUCUCUGGUGUCGUUUUCUGCUGGGCUUACACAGAAACCUUUCCCCAGUGAUGGAGGCGUUGUCCUCUUUAACAAAGUGCUGGUGAACGAUGGAGAUGUCUAUAAUCCCAGUACUGGGAUCUUCACGGCUCCUUAUGACGGACGCUACCUGAUCACUGCCACCCUCACUCCUGAGAGAGAUGCCUAUGUGGAAGCUGUCCUGUCAGUGUCCAAUGCCAGUGUGGCCCAGCUACACACAGCAGGGUACAAGAGGGAGUUUCUGGAAUACCACCGGCCCCAAGGGGCGCUCCACACAUGUGGGGGGCCAGGGGCCUUCCAUCUCAUCGUGCACUUGAAAGCGGGGGAUGGUGUGAACAUCGUGGUGACUGGGGGCAGACUGGCUCAGACAGACUUUGAUGAAAUGUAUUCUACGUUCAGUGGGGUGUUCUUAUACCCUUUCCUUUCCCAUCUCUAG